AACCACACAACUUUCCUAUUCGGUUCAAGUGACUCGAUGCUAGCGUCCAGUAUGGGAUGUCGGUUCUCGCCUUUUGUAACGUUACGAAUGGGGUGAACUUCGCCUUUCUUCAGAUUCUGAUGUCUUCUAACAUGUCGUGCCAAGAUCCUCUCCGUUACUCCGGUUCCUCGGGUUGAGGGGAGGUUCUAGCGCAAGCCAUUUUUUGAGCAUCGAUGAUCCUGCAAUUAGGGCAUUGUCUCGUAGGCUCGCGUGUACAUGAUGCGUGAAACGCUGAAGGCAGUCGAGACCUAAGAGACCAGGACGUACAGCCAUAAAUUGGAAGGGUAGAGCUGAGUUCCCAUUUUUCGUCCGUCAUCCCAAUAUCUUUUCAUCUCGCUGACGUUUUUACCCACAAUGCCCGACGUUCAGCCUGGAGAUAUUUUUAUCUUGUGCUACAGUCGUCUGACGAAUGGUGACCCCUUCCACUAUGCUAUUGCCAUCAGUAAGGACGAAGUGAACUUUCGGAUAUUCCAAGCCAUCAACCCGUCUAUCGCUUACUGGGAGUACAACACCAAGGACAGCAAAGUCGUAUCGUCCGGAACUCUUUCAUGUGCCUGUAAGAUUGGUAACUUGGGUCACUCCGGGAAAUCUCUCUUGGAUGUAGAUGCAUUGCUUUCGUCCAUACCGCAUCGCGCACCUAAAGAAUAUGGGGGACGCAAGACGGUUUACAACUGUGUUGUCUGGGCUAAACUCGCUGUACGGAAGCUCCGAGACGAAGGCAUUAUUAGACUCAUGUUGGAUGACGUUGGUGAGGUGCUCACGGAAGCCCAUACCAUGGCCUUAGAGGGGAAAGCGUCUCGCGGCUCUCCUUGGAAGAUGUCUCGAUAUGCUCAGUGACAUGUGCCGACUGUCGUAUUGGAAAUAUAUUGCAUUUCAGUUCUUUUGUAGAAACUUCCCCCCCUCGCUCGUAAUCCUCCACAACGUUAUAGACAACGUGAAAUAAAUGCUGAGUUGCACGUCAACGCGCUUAACUUACUCAUUCGAGGACUCGGCUUGAAAUAUUUCGCGUCCAUGCUAGUAGUCCAAGUAACGCAGGCCUCGCCGCGAGAGUACGAAUAACAGGCGGUAACUAGAAUAUAUAUGUAUGCGUGUC